AUGUGCCGCCAGAAUGAGAUUUACGGGAAGCAAAGCGAAGAGGAAGGGCACUUGAACUAUGGGGAGAUUGAGAGGAAGCGCAGAGAAAGGGUCGACGAGUUGGCUUAUAGGCUAUUAGUAGAGAGAGAGAAAGCGAACAGAAGUAUUGAAGAGGAGCUUCAAAGGCUUUUUGAGCUUGAAAAAGAUCCUGUAGACACAGAAACUCAUUCCUCGGAAGAGCCUGCAAAGGAGAUAGAGACAUAUAGUCCUGUUAUUCUGGAAGAACAUGGACUUAGUGAAGAGUUAUCCAAGAACAAUUCUGGAAUGCAACCCUUAUGCUCGACAAACGUGCCUUUUACUGACGAGCUUGUCUCUAGAUUCAUUCUUAACAAAGCCUAUGUGUCUAUAGAAGAAAAGAUCUGGAGGGAAAGGCAGACUAUGCCAAAGAACAUACAAAUGCAAACUAAGAUUCAAGUCAAUAAAAGACUUACCCAGGUUAGCGGAAAGGCUGGACAGGUUGACAGAAUAUUCAAUGUUCUUAGGGAAUAUUCUCAUUCAUACGUAUUUGUAGAGACAUUCACGGUAAAGAUUAUAGAGCAGGGAAGAUUACAAGUGAGUUCCUGUCCUGAGUCGUAUAAAGAAUUUGCAGAGCUCUUCUGCAGGUUUUACUCCUCUGAAUUGAUGGAGUACUUUCGAGUUAUUUUGUUUACUAGAGAGGCUUCUUCCAGUACUAUCAAGGGAGUUUACAGUAUCUAUUUUGGAGUACUAGAAAUUCAAGGGAAUUCUGACGAGGCAUGGUUUUUCAUUGCAUCGAUGCUGAACUCGAGGCAGAGCGAACUGUCCUGCUAUGUUGUAGAAUGUUUUUUUUCUAUACUUGGAAACUUGUUAUUCAGAACAUGCCGAGGACCUUUCUUCAAACUUAUAGAAUAUGUCAAGAGGUACUACUUCAGGGAGAUGAACAACGAGCCAUGUAAAAUAAGGAUAUCUUCGAUGUUUGAGAGAUAUGGGGCAUGA